AUGGCGGAUACACGAGAAAUAUGGCUUCCGAUCUCAAUUUUCCUAUUUGGGGAAGCAAAUUGUGGCUUUUAUUUUUUCCGAGGUCUAGAAAUAGCUGCUCUCUUCCUCGCCUUGAUUGUUACGGUGAGGAAUAAUUUAUUGAAACUGUAAAAAAUCGAAAAAUUCAGGUAAUUGGAAUAGUUCUCGCGUUGAGAUACAAGGUCUACCAUUAUAACAUGAUAAUAUUCUAUGCUUUAUUCUGUGGUCAGUGGUUCGAAAUGUUCCUGGCCAGAUUCUUGACCAUGCCUUAUCAGGACGGAUGGAUUUCCAUUGCAGGUAUGGCUCAACUUCUCAAAAAAAAAAAUUUAGCGUUGGAGCGAAAAUGAUGCUCAGUUUUUGAGCGAAAGUGGCUUUUUUUCAAACUGAAUCUUGAUUGGACACGAAUUGGUACCUUUAAGGAUCUGUGAAAUUCAAAAAAAUCAAAUAUUUUUUUAUCAAAAAUUGCUAAGAAAAAUUUUUAUCCGUGGAGCACAUUUGCAAACAUUUUCCUCAGUUUUUCGCGGCUAUUUUUUUGAAAUUUCUUUAACGUUGAAACUAUGUGGGAGAAAGUCUGAGAUUUCAAUUUUUUUCAAGAAAUUUCCGGCCAUUUUUUUACUAAAUUUCAUGUCAAGCUUGGGUCUUGACGACUUUAUCAAUAGAGCGAAAAAUCAGUUUUUUUUUUCAAAGUUUCUUCUAAGGGAAACUUUAUUGAGCAUUUUGAAACUACUUCGAAAUGUUUAAUUUUUUCAUUUUUAAGCUUUAAGACCCAUUUUUCAACCAAUUUCUCAACUAUUUUUCGAUUCCUUGACCUUUCAAAAAUCCUAUAAAAACCCAAAUUUUUUUCAAGAUCCAUUUUUCCACCAAAAAUCAUAUUCCGAUUUCCAGACCUCGAAACCAUCAUCGACCAAAAUUCCAACACCCCAUCCUUCUACCUGAACGACCCCAAAUACACUCCCCUACUGAUUGGCGGAUUCCUAAUGACUCACUAUACUUGUCUGGUCCCUUUUAUGCUGCCAAUGAUCGUGGCUGAACGAUUUUUCGCCACUGAGUUCGUCAGCAACUAUGAGAACGUUCCAAGAAAGUACAUAUCCGUUAUCGGUUGUAUAUUGGCUCAAAUCUGCUCCAUUGCCAUGGCUUUUACGACAGUUUUCAAUAUAAUAGACAUCUUGGUUCCAGUUCUAGCUUUAACUAUUCUCAAUUUGGCGACUUUUGCGGUAAGUAUCCUGAAUUUUCUGAAGCUUAAACCGUAUAAAAAUGGCUUAGAGUCUUGAGGUUGUAAAUAAUACCAACGCGAGUAAGUAGCUUCUGGUCGGGCGCAAAGCAAAAAGACCAUUUUUUGGCCUUCCAAGCCGUGUAAAAUAUGAUAGUAAUAUUAAUAUUUUCUUUAUCCUACAAGAUGCUUAAAAGCGCAAGUAGCUCCUGGUCGGGCGCAAAAAAAUAAUUUUCUGGGCGUUAGAUAGUAAAAAUAAACUUCUUCAUCUCAAAGCGAGUUCUAAUGCGCAAGUAGUUUCUGGUCGGGUGCAAACAAAAAUAACUUUUGGGCGUUACAAAGUAAAAAUCAACUUCUCCUUCUUGAAGGGUGUUCUAGUGCGUAAGUAGUUUCUGAUCGGGCGCAAAAAAAAAAAUUUUUGGGCGUUACAUAGUAAAAAUCAUCUUCUUCAUCUUAAAAGGUUCUCUAGUGCGCAAGCCGUUUCUGGUCGGGCGCAGAAUGAAAAAAUUAUCUUGAGCGUUCCAAGCCGUGUAAAACAUGAUAGUAAAUGUCAAAUUUUUCAGCUCCUGGCCUUUUUAAUAAUUCGAAAUCGUCGCCUAAUAACCCACGUCAACUUCCAACGGGAAGUCAUCAACUACAGUAUUGCUAAAAAGUACCAACUUGAGGAAAAUCUCCGAGUUUUGGAUGUAAGUAUGACUUUUUUCUCAGAAAUUUGGUUCAAAGUAGUUGAAUGCGUCUCAAUAGGGUUCUAGGUUCAACCCCCGCCAAGGAAUUUUUGUUUUUGCCAUUUUUUUUGAACAUGAAUUCGGUCAAAAAGAGGAGAAACAUCCUGUUUUUAAAGUCCAAAAAAUAAAAUAUUCAUUUCCGAUAGUUUUUUUAAAAUCUGGCCGCAUUUGGAAUGGCUCGACGCGUUGCGGUUCGAGUCUUAAAAAUCGAAAAAGACGCCUUGCUUACUCUGAUGCGUUUAUUAUGAGCGGGCGUGAGUCGUUUCUGGUCGGGCGCACUGUUUUUUCGAACCGCAACGUAACCGAUCUAUUCCCUAGAGAUCAUAUUUGAAUAAAAAUAUAAUUGCAUGACAUUUCAGGCUCUAAAAAUGUGCGUUUUUCUGGUUGGCGCCGGUUUUGUCAUUGUAGUUUUUAUGUUCUACCUUUCCGCCACUGAACUAUUGGGUACAUGUGUGGAUGUCAUUUUCCAAAUUUUAUUCCAACUUUCUUUUUUCUCGUGAGUUUUUUUUCUUCAAUUUUUGACUUAACAAACUAUGAACGCUCUUGACGACUUUAUCAAUAGAGCGAAAAAUCCCUUUUUUUUUGAGCCUUUUUUUGAGGGAAACUUUAUUAAACACCUUAAACACCCCUGUUAGCCGACUCUUCGCCAAAGUAUUAGAGAUAAAGGGGUCUGAAGAGACGCCAGAGAAACGAGGGAGUUCUCACGUCUCUGGCGUCUCUUCAGGCCGCUAUUGAUCCCUCGCUUCCGGAUUCUGUAAAACUAUUGAUAAAAAAAUUCCGUUUAUUUAUCGAGAAAAUUUAUUAUUUUUAUCCACUAGAACGUCAAUAUUAAACUAUCUUUUUUAAAAAGCCAAAAAUUAAUGGAAAAAUCUCUAGAUCUAUUCAAAUUUCAUCUUUUUUUCUAUCCAUAUCAUUAUUCCAGGAACCCAGUCUACUGUGUGCCUGUCGUUAUCCACGUGACACCAAAAUGGCGUCGAACUUGCUUGGACAUGGGUCUGAAAUUGAUCGGCCUUUCCGACAAAGGGCCGAAGGUCAAGCCACCGGCCGCCUCGCAAAUCGAUCUCAGACAACAUUCCGAUUUGUAUUUUCAAGGCUUGAAGCAAAUUUGGUGA